AUGGAAUCGUCGCUGUUCGAAGACCUUCUUUGUUUCUUGCAGAAAGAAGAGCUUGUGUUGAAGGCUUUGCGUGCCACGAAUUUGAAAGCAUGCUUGCGGACAGGGACAGGCACCAAAGGAUACGAAGCAAAUGCAGAGCGAGCCAAGUACUAUAGAAUUUACAAUAAGAUUGAGAAGUUAGUAACGGCUGACCAAAAAGGUACUCUAAUGGAUUGGGAACGAAGGCUUUGCAGUGAGGCGGAGGACAUUGAUUUUGCACGGUUGCUUGCCAUUUUUGCAAGCCGUGAAGAGGAGCUGAAGCAAAUGAGAAAACCGAGCCUCGAAGCAUGCUUCAACAGCAACCUGAGCAAUACAGACAAGGACUUAAAGUUUUGCCGAAAUUUCUUGAAGCGCAAAAAAACAAGUAUGACAGAUGAACAGCAAAAGGUUGUGGAUGAAUGGGAGGAGAAGAUUUGUGCCGAUGGUGCGGGGUUAUGUCCUGCCAUCGAUGCAGAUUUCGCACGCUUGCUUACUAUACUGGAAAACCGUCAAGAUGACUUGCGACAAAUGCGAAAAACAAGUCUCGAAGCAUGCUUCAACAGCAACCUGAGCAAGACAGACAUGGACUUAAAGUUUUGCCAAAAUUUCUUCAAGCGCAAAAAAACCAGUAUGACAGAUGAGCAGCAAAAGGUUGUGGAUGAAUGGGAGGAGAUCAUUUGUGCCGAUGGUGAGGGGUUAUGUCCUGCCAUCGAGGCAGAUUUUGCACGCUUGCUUACUAUACUUGAAAACCGUCAAGAUGACUUGCGACAAAUGCAAAAAACAAGUCUCGAAGCAUGCUUCAACAGCAGCCUGAGCAAUACAGACAAGGACUUAAACUUUUGCCGAAAUUUCUUCAAGCGCAAAAAGACAAGUAUGACAGAUGAGCAGCAAAAGGUUGUGGAUGAAUGGGAGGAGAUCAUUUGUGCCGAUGGUGCGGGGUUAUGUCCUGCCAUCGAGGCAGAUUUUGCACGCUUGCUUACUAUACUUGAAAACCGUCAAGAUGACUUGCGACAAAUGCAAAAAACAAGUCUCGAAGCAUGCUUCAACAGCAGCCUGAGCAAUACAGACAAGGACUUAAACUUUUGCCGAAAUUUCUUCAAGCGCAAAAAGACAAGUAUGACAGAUGAGCAGCAAAAGGUUGUGGAUGAAUGGGAGGAGAUCAUUUGUGCCGAUGGUGCGGGGUUAUGUCCUGCCAUCGAGGCAGAUUUCGCACGUUUGCUUACUAUACUGGAAAAUCGUGAAGAUGACUUGCGUCAAAUGCAAAAAACAAGUCUCGAAGCAUGUUUCGGGACACGUGUCAGCAAUGCAGACAAUGAUCUUGGUUUUGGACGGAACUUUUUCCGUCGGCGGAAAGAUAUGUUGACGGAUGAGCAGCGCAAGGUUCUUGAGGACUGGUCUUCCAAGAUUUGUUCCCAGGAGCAUGUUGAUGAUGGUUUUCGGCGCUUCCUUGCAACUUUGCAUGCUCGAGCACAGGAGCUGUCUGCCUUGCGCAAAUGUGACCUGAAAGGCAUCUUUUCGUCCCAUAUGUGCAAAAAAGAUUCGGAGUUGAAAUUUUGUCAAAACUUUUGGCGGCGCAGCGCAGAAAAAUUGAGUCCCGAGCAAAAGGAACAAGUGGAGGAUUUGAAAGCAGGAAUUCUUUGGCCUCAUGCGCAAGACGAUCGUGCGGCGUUGCGGCCCGCGGUUGUCAGGAUGUUGGACAAAUUUGAAAACAUACUUGCACGCAGAGAGGCAGAAUUUCGCGGCUUUGGGGCUGCAAGUGUUCAUGGUCUGUUUACCGGGCACGCGAAGAAAUCUGAUUCUGAGGUUAGAUUUUGUUACGAUUUUGUCAGCCGUGUGUUUCCCAAAUUGGAAGAUUCGGAGCAACAGCGACUUCGAAUCAAACUGGAUGAUCUGUUGUUAAAAAGCUGCUGUGUGCCCGUGAAAAGUAGUUACCAGGCCAAACUACACGAUGCAGAGACUGUCUUGGGCGACGCUCUUCCACGCCCAAGACUGCCGAAAAGUUUGCGUCAGCUGUUUGGCAACAGUAUGGAUGCAGAGGCAAGGAUCAUGCCGUUUUUGCACCGUGUUCAUGAGGUGGAUGAGUUUAUGGUUUCCUUAAAAUUUCAAGACUGUGACUAUUGCCACGAAGGAUGGUUUGGCAGUGAUAGAAAACGGUCAGACUUGCCCGGUGGUUUUGAAACCGAAACCUAUAAGAAGACCAAUUUCUUGCGUGCGCCUGAGAACCAGUGGCUAGACCCAGAGCGACCGAUCUGUCAAAAUUGUCUGCGAGAAGCUAAAGGACGUGCUGCGGAGGGCUAUCCCAAGGAGCCUUUCCGCUUGACAGGUGCUAACUUCGCAGAUCCUGGGCCAACGUUGCCAGAAACCGACGCUUUGAGCUUCUUUGAAGAGGAGAUCUUGUCGCCAAUCCAGCAUAUUGUCCGCAUCUUCACGUUGCACGCAACAGGACAAUGUGAGCUCCGCGGUCACGUGGGUAACCUGUUUCAAAAUGGCCCACAGUAUGUUCGUGACAUCCCUGCAGCUGUGGGUGACAUGAAGAUGCUUCUGAUACGGCGGUGCCCCAAGGAUCCAAACCGCAAGCAACGAGUACCUUUCCUUGUGUCAAGGCGACGUUUGCAACGUGCUCUUGAUCGCCUUUGUCGCACGUUGGAGGAGGAUGGUUCUUUGGCUCUCCAGCCCGGAGCACUGACACCUGGCGGCUACGUCGAUUUGGUGAAGCGGGGAAACCUCGACCAGUAUGCAGACACUGAGGAAGGCGAGGAACCCCAUGGUCUGCAAGUUCAUGUCGUCGAGCAAAGACCAUGGGAGCGCGUGGAGCGCAAGCUGUUCGCUUUGUGGAUGUCGUGCUCGCUGGAGUUGCAGAUGGCAGCCCAGGUACGUCUUUUGCAUGAGCCCGAAGAUGUGCAGGAUCCGGCGGAGAGGGUGGAUGUUCUGUGGAAGAAUUUGCGUGCUGCUAUGGAUGCCAAAGCCCCGGAUGUCGUGGGCGGCCCUUCAGACUUGAUGUUUACAACGCUGGCUCAAUACUUGUCUCUGCAGUUUUCGGAUAAAAAUGUGCAAGACGUAGAAAACAUUUUGCAUGAUGAACUGACGGCAGUGCAGGAGUUAGCUUCCUGGGAAGAGCCUUUGGUGUCGGAUGGCUUGUGGUCGCCUGAAGAUGUAGCUGGCCAGCAGACUGAAGCAGAAUUGAAGGAUGACUUAUGGGAGACGAUCUGUAAAGCCAACGAAAGCGCCAGCAACAAAUCUACAAUUCGUCGUUUUGGAGCAGCGCGGGUGCAAGGUGUGCCUAUUCUGGAUCCCCCAACCGUAGCAUCCAGAAACCAACUAGUUAGGGAAGAUCAACCUUAUUACAUUGUUGCUGGUUUUGUGAAAUUGUUUCCACUUGGACAAGGAGAUUUUUGGGCGCACUUGCAGCAGCGCCAAGAGGAAAACCAACAGCCGUUGUCCUUCUGGGAGUGGCUGAAGCAUUUGCUUUUGCGUUCGGAUGGUCGAUUUCAAGCCCACCCACGGUUCUAUUUUUUUGCUCUGAACACCGCUUUGCGCAACAAGGCUUUGCGUGCCCGGGGAUAUUUUAUGAAGCGCCAGCAGGGGGCCAGCAGCAACGUUGCGUACACUACAGAGGAACUUUUCAACAUGGGUAAAGCUCAGUUCACCAAGAUUGUGUCAGCUUUCGAACACUCCAUGGCCGGUUCAGCGCAGGAGAAGUUGCGAGAACGCAGUGACUUAGAGGCCAUGGUGGAGCAGAUUGAACAAGAGACGUUGCAAGAUCAGGCUCACGCUUUGUUGCAAGCUUGGCGCGAAGCGGAAUCUGCUGGAAACAUGCUUGAGCAGCAAGGUUUUGCUACUUCUGCUGCAGAAGUGCGAGCCGUGUGCUCCGUUGCAAAAGCUGCGGUGGAGAAGGUCUUGUCGCCAGAAACCAUUGAAGCCCAAGCUAAGCCUUCUGUCUCGUGUGUCGUUGUGGACCGCGAGAUGGAUGAAGGGCCCCAGCCUGAUGUCGCGCGCGUCGUUGCGGACCACGCGGCAGAACCGAUGCAGCAGGAAAUUGAAGUCAGCCCAGCUGCGGAGGAAGAAAGUGGCUUUGCGUGCUCCAGGGGCCGCUCAGGGCCUAAAACUAUUCAAGAUUUGCUGUUGGAGGUGCAACAGCGUAGCUUGUGUGUGCAGGGUGGCGGUGAAAUCCCAUGUCGCUUUAGCACUUUGACAACCGCCAUUUACCAUUGGGAUGAUUUAGCCACAUGCUUAGAGCGGUAUGAAGCAGCUGUCCUGCAGCAGCGGAACAACAGAGCCGAUCCCUUGGAACCAGCAGAACGGCAGUUGUCGUCUGAACGCCGGCGAGUCCUGCGUUACCCCGGUGUGGUCGCCUGGUUCACUGCGUACAAAAUGGAGCUCUUUUACAAGCAUGUGUUGAGAUAUGAGGAUGGACAGGGUGUGUUCGAAUGGGGCGCAGGUGGCAUUAUGCAUUUGCAUUCGAUCAAUUUUGGCUCUUGCAUGCCCCGUGUCGAUCCAACCGCAGCAGGCAUGCAGCAACCGGACGAGAAGAGUGCCGAGAUAGCGGCGCAGUUUGCAGAGAUGCAUGAAGAGUACUUGACGGAUUGGAGCCUCAGCAAAGCAGAGAAGUGGACCUUUCAUGAGGUGGACAAUUGCGCUGCCAGAUCUGCUCGUGUAGGGUCACCUUUGCACACAGACUCAGAAUCUGAUGGCUCCGAGGAUAUGGAGGAUGCGUUGGACGAAAAGUGCGUUCGCCGUAAGGCCCCUGGUGCUGGUUUAGAUCUCGGUGCAGCUGCAGAUUUGUUUGGGCAGCAUGCUGUGGCAGAGGACGUCGAUUUUCAACGUGUUUACCCCACAGCAACUACAAUGGUGUAUGUGCUGUCACAAGGUGCUCGUGUGACACAAGCUUUGACAGAAACAGAUCGCAGUUUAUUGCGUAGUUUGGAUGUUUCUCUCCAAGAUCCAACUUGGCACCCCUGUCGAAUUUCUGUUGCGCAAAAAGCUUUGCUAAUGACCAACAACUGCAGGUUGGUUCGCCGUGCUCGUCGCAAAUGGUAUCGCAGGCUGACGGACAAAUGCAAUAGGCAUGAUCGGCACGGUGGUGCAGGUUUUGAAAUUCCGCCUGUUCAUGUUGAAGCGAAUGUGGACACACAGCCCGAGGAAGAAGAAGGCGCCGAGCCAGAAGCAGAAGUUGUCACGGCGCGGAUGCAGCAGUGUCCGCUGCGUGUUGGAACACUGAACAUGCACUUGCUGUCGCCGGGUACUUGGCUUGAGGAUCUCUUGGACAAGUGCGAUGUUCUGUUCUUGCAGGAAGUCACCGCUGAGUGCUUGGAAGAUCUUUGCUUGUUGGGACAACAAAACGGUUACGAAGCGGUGUCGCCGCUGUUGCGUGGCCAAACGCCGGAGGUGGAAAUGGUGGAACGAGGGUCAAGCAAGGUCAUGAAGGGAGCGAUGUCUGGAGAGCCUUGGCUGCUGAAAUAG